AUUCGUUAAACAAAGUGAACCAUGGCUAAAGUUCAAUUAGCAAAUGUAGCAGUUCUUGAUAAUCCUUCACCGUUUCUAAAUCCAUUCCAAUUCGAAGUUACUUUCGAAUGUAUCGAAGAAUUAAAAGAAGAUUUGGAAUGGAAAAUGAUCUAUGUCGGUAGUGCCGAAUCUGAAGAGUUUGAUCAGGUUUUAGAUACAAUUUAUGUUGGUCCAAUUCCUGAAGGAAGGCAUAUGUUUAUUUUUCAGGCUGAUCCUCCUGAUGUCAGUAGAAUUCCUGUAAAUGAUGCUUUAGGAGUCACAGUUGUUUUAUUAACUUGUUCAUACAGAGGACAUGAAUUUGUGCGUGUUGGAUAUUUCAUAAAUAAUGAGUACACAGACGCAGAACUUAGAGAAAAUCCACCACCACAACCUCAAUUUGAUAAAGUACAAAGAAAUAUCUUAGGAGAUAAACCACGUGUCACUAGAUUCAAAAUAAAUUGGGAUGACGGAACAAGUUCAGCAACAAAUAAUGUACCAGAAGGCAUGGAUGCACAGUCAUUAGAAGAAACAUCACAAGAUGCACCAACAUCUACAUUGGGUUUUACAGAAAAUACACAGAAUAGUAUGGAAGUGAUGUGAAUAUUUUGUUAACUGUCAAUAAUUAAUAAGUUAGCACAGACCAUAAUAUGAUAAAUGAAGUAGUGCCUGGAAAGAAGAUUCUAAUGGUUCAUAUAUUUG